CGUUGACGAAUUAUUGUAUAUAUGUUGCAAAGGAAAAAGGCCACGGCUGUCCUACCCGGGAUUAUUUCCUGUUUCGGCUUUGCGUAAGGGUGUUGAGAAAAUUGACAGCCAGUCUGUAUGAUACCUUUCGGGCGCAGUGAGUAUAUUUAACCGAAAUUUCAACUGUGGUUACUACGAUUGUUAGGAACGGAGAACUUUCUCCGUGGCGGAAUCCUUUCCAAUGAUUCUUAGAAAACUUCUUUUCACGUCGCUACUAUUUGUAGCAGUUUUGAUUCUACCUGUCUUUCAGCAUGAAAUCGAAGAAUUUCAAGAUUAUGAGCAUCUCGGUGACCUCCGAGAAGACGAUAGGCCUCUGUUCACAAAUAUCUGGGCGGUAGAAUUAGACGAAGACGACUCCAACCUUGCUGACGAAAUAGCGAGAAAUUUUAAUUUGAAACACAAUGGUAGAAUUGGUAGCUUGCCCCGUAUUUUCAAGUUCAUGCACGAAGGAACAAGCGCUCGUUUGAAGCGACGAGCGACAGAGAGAACUCGUCAACUCAACGAUCAUCCAAGGAUCGUAUGGGCCGAACAACAGCGCGUUCUAGAACGAAACAAGCGCGACUUCUUGCCAGAGAGUUACCUAAGAGAACGAGAAUUAGAAAGGAAAUACCGAGAACAGCGAUACAAGAGAAUAUUUAAUGAUCCUGGAUGGGAAAGGCAAUGGUAUUUGGUGAACUGGGGUCAAAAUGAUGAACAUUUAGUCGGAGCUGAUAUAGGGGUACUCGAUGUUUGGCGUCGCGGUAUAACAGGUAAAGGGGUUGUUGUCAGCAUUCUUGACGAUGGUUUAGAUCACACACAUCCCGAUUUGAAAAGAAACUAUGAUCCACACGCAAGUAAAGACCUAAAUGACGAUGAUGACGAUCCAUUUCCGAACGACAGCGAUCCGUAUAACGCGCACGGUACGAAAUGCGCUGGGGAAGUAGGCGCUCAAGAAGAUAACAACGAAUGCGGAGUCGGAGUAGCUUUUAACGUAAAUCUUGGCGGAAUUCGAAUGCUCGACGGUACGGCAACAGAUUUAUUGGAAGCAAGCGCUUUAGGCUUUCGACGUGAUUACAUCGAUAUUUACAGUAAUUGUUGGGGGCCGAAAGACGACGGAAAAACUUUUGGCAGGCCAGGACCGUUGGGAAGGCAAGCGUUCGAAGAUGGAGCUAAGUACGGUCGCGGAGGGAAAGGAAGUAUAUUUGUUUGGGCUACUGGUAAUGGAGGUCUUGCCGAUGAUGAUUGUAAUGCAGAUGGCUACACAUCUAGUAUCUAUACGAUAUCUAUUGGAGCCGUCAGUCGAUAUGGCCUCUCCACUUACUAUGAUGAACAGUGUUCAUCUACAAUGGCAGUAACCUACACAGGAGACACUCACCGGGGUGGCUCCAGUGAAGCUGACUUAGUCACCACUGAUCUUAAGCACAAGUGCACCACAAGGUUCCGUGGCACUUCAUCAGCUGCUCCACUGGCUUCAGGUAUCUUUGCUUUGGUUCUGGAAGCAAACCAAAAUCUGACCUGGCGUGAUCUUCAACACAUUGUUGUGAAAACGGCAUUGAAGACCAGUCCAAAAGAUGAAGGAUGGGUUGAGAAUGCAGCAGGUUUGUUGGUGAAUCACAAGUUUGGAUUUGGUCGUCUUAAUGCUGCCAAAAUGGUGAGUGAAGCAGUGAAUUGGAUGCCAGUUGGGGAACAGCAGAAUUGUUCAGUAAUUGGCCCUAUAAAGGAUCCGUAUAUUCCAAUUCGAGGUACUCUGGAGUUGAGCCUCAACACAGAUGCAUGUGACAUCCAGAAACUAGAGCACGUACAGGUCACUGUCAGCUUCAGAUUAUCCAAGGCAUUCCGUGGUGAUAUCAGCAUUGAUCUCACCUCCCCAGGAAAAAUGACAAGUCAGUUACUUUCUGUUCGCCGCAAUGACAAGGACACAUUUGGACUGAAUGACUGGGCUUUCAUGACUGUGCACUUCUGGGAUGAGUCCCCUAAAGGAACAUGGAUCCUAAGAUUCCACCAUGACAAGAAGUCUUCAAGUGCACCAUCAAAACCAGAUGUUGAGGAAAGGGAGAAGGUUCUUAUACAACAUGACCUGUUGAAAGCACGCCGGGAUGAGAUCAUGGAUGACUACGACAGCUAUCAUGAUGAGAUACAUCAUGGCCGGUUUGGAAAAGAUUACAUGCGUGAUCAAGUGUUCCCAGUCGCUGAAGACGAGGGUGAUCUAGAUAGUUUAUUGCAACAGGAGGAUGAAGGCUCUGAUUCAGCCAAAGGAUAUGCAGGCACAGUGUCAAAAUGGGUGUUAACACUCUAUGGAACCAGUGAUUAAUGUUACACAGAGAAAUUUUUUUCCUACUCAAAAAAGUUUAUUUUAUCAAGUGACUGAGUAUAUUGCAACUAUUACUAAUAGUCUUUCUUGGUUCAAAUUAGGUGUGUUUGGGGUGUGGUUAAUUUAUUUCUUGCAAGGUAUUAGUUUGUGUAAAGUUGGGGAUUGUUUUUAAUUAGUGGUUUAUAGAGACUCUAAUUUUUUGGAAAAACAAAGUUCAUUUUAUUAUUUAUAUAAAAAAAAAAUUUAUUUUGAUACCAUAUAAUGACUUAAAUGGUUGAUUUGAAUUUUUCAGUUGGUUUGCCUCCAGCUUAAUUGUGGCAGAGCACAUCUCAUGAAUUUGUACAACAAAUAUGUUGGAGUCAAUAUAUUAUAAAAACAUUUAAUUAUGUUAAUUAAAAUUGUCAGAGAUUCCUCUGCAAUUAUUUGUUUGUUCCAGGGUCUGUGAUCCUGGAGAAAAAAUUGAGAAGAGAAAUACUCACUCUGCAGUUUGUAAAUAAAUUUGCUGUACUAAGGAAUAUAAUUUAACACAUAAUUACUAACUUAUAAGUAAAUGCUUAUGUUAUUCUCAUUAACAUAUUAACUAACUGCCUUGUAAAUAAACCUCUUUAAGUAUGUUAUCAGGUUAUAAGGUAAUUAGUGGUAAUUAUUUUUAUUUCUGUUGUUAUUAUUUGCAAUUUAGUGUAGUCCUGAUGCAGGCUUUUUCUGAAAUGCUGUGGCCCAAUUGGUGAAGCUGUGAUCCCACUCCAGCCUGCUUUGCCACCUUGCUGGUCUCUAGCCACUUUACCAGUAGUGCUGCAGCAUAAAUGCAAGCUUACUUGCUUGCUUAAUAUAGUAAACUUCAAAGUGCAGAUAUUUUUAUGAGCUAAUUCUAAUAAUCACAUCACAGAAACAUAAUCAUUCUAAACAACACUAACAAGGAAAAUAAUCAGUUUACAACAUAACAAUGAAAGUGUACUCCUUUAACAAUGCUAAGUAUAUGAUUCAAACAAGGAAAAACAAAUUUAUGUUUAAAAUUCAUUGUAGUGGCAUCCUAUUUUGAGGAGGAAUGAAAGACUGAGGUUUAGUUCUGCAUCCUCUGCUAAAUGGUGCAUUAAAUUGACAGAAGACCGGAUAUGGCUAUGAAUGUUUUCCCAGACGCUUGAGUGGGUAACAAAAUAACACAUUUCUAAUUUAAUUUGGCAUUCAAAUUGUCACAAUCUAAGGCA